AUAUUCAUUGAUAUGUACCUGUGCUCAUCCUAACAAUAUUGAAUUGGUCAAGAGUACUCAUAUCUUUCUUUUGGUUGUUGAGUACUCAUUAAGCAAAUUAUGGAAAAGCUGAAUUUUGUUAAGAAUGGAGUGAGCAGAUUGCCUCCUGGUUUUCGUUUCCAGCCAACAGAUGAAGAGCUUGUGUUUCAGUACUUGAAAUGUAAAGUGUUCUCAUUCCCAUUGCCUGCUUCCAUCAUUCCUCAGAUCAAUGUCUGCAGCUAUGAUCCUUGGGAUUUGCCAGGAAAUUGUGAUUAUGAGCAAGAGAGGUACUUUUUCAGCUCCAAGGAAUCUAAGUAUCGAAAUGGCAAUCGAAUGAACAGAAAAACCAAUUGUGGCUAUUGGAAGGCAACUGGGUCAGACAAAAAGAUAUCUUCUUCAACAAGUAAUGAUGGCAUUAUGGGGAUAAGAAAAACCCUGGUUUUUUACCAAGGCAAGUCACCAAAUGGCUCCAAAACUGAUUGGGUUUUGCAUGAAUAUCGUCUUGUCGGUGUAGAAACUAGUGCUUGCAACUCAACCCAAAACUUAAACGAGAUAGGAGAUUGGGUUCUGUGUCGUGUAUUGAUGAAGAAAAGAAGUAGAGAAAGUGAUGGCGGCACCACUCAUAACAUGAAUAUGCAAAAUCCAAGAUUGUUUGAUUUUAUGAUGGUGAGCAAUAGGAGUAAUUCUUCUUCAUCCUCAUCGUGUUCAAGUUCCAGUAAUUAUAACUUCAUGGAGGUCUCUUCAAAUGCACCUGACCAAGAAGGAACAAGUGGCUAUGCUGAUUUUUAAGAGCAGCAUAUAAUAUGUUUGGAUCGAUUUUUAAUUUUUUCAUAAUCAAUUCCGACUCCGAAGUUAUUUACAGAAGUUUCUUCUUAGAAUUGAUUUUGAUUCUAGAAUUAAUUAUAGAAGGAGUUCCAAACAUGUAUUUAUCCACAUAUAUGUAUGUGGUAUAUCAAUUAAUGAAAAUAUGCCAGAGGAUGCCUACAGUACUGAUUUGCACCUUCAAACAUAA